AAGCAAUUUGUCAAGGGAAGGGAACUUCACUCUCUCCUUUGGUACUCAAACCUCAAAUUCUUUAACCGGCGGCCGGCCGCGCCCAAAGCAUCGGUACGCCGACGAAGACUUGUGGUCAUCGCCUCAACAAUUCAUCUGUGUUUUUUCUCGCCCCCAUUUUCUUUCGGAAAUUAGCAGAUGGCACUUAGACGAUUGUUAGGCUUUUCAGAUGGUGAGAUCAUGAGAUCAGAUGCUAAGCCUUGUUCACAGUUGAUGAAACAGACUGCUGGGUUAUGUUCUGUUGAAGGAGCACUUGGGUUCUGGAUUCUUUGUAGAUUACAUUAUGGUCCAAGAAUUACAGUACGUAGGAGUCUUCGUUGGGCAGCUUGUGGAGCAGCAUCGAUGAGUGCAACCUCGGCUUUGCUUGUCCGAUUGUUUAGUCCAGAAUGUGAACCCCAGAAUAUAGCUGCUUAUGACAAUAGAAAGUUGUAAGGUAAUUGACAUUUAUAGAUUAAUAAUCUUAUUGUAUCAUUAAAAAGUAUUAUUCAGAUGUUUCCUUAUUAGGAGCUAACUGAUGUAAUUAGUUUUGGUUAGUUUAUGCUCUUGUUAUUGUUAUGUCUUGUUGACUCUUAUCAAAGCCAAGAUCCAUGUUUAGAUUGUAUGUGUGGCUUCAUGCCAUAAAACUAAAAAGGAGCCUUAGGUCUACCUUUGUAUUUUGUUUUUCUCAAUAAAAGUUAGUUUAUGAGUAGAAAAAAAGCUUUUAGUCAUGUAACAAAGACCAAAUUUUCUAAUUUUAUUGAAUUGGAUUGGUGAAUAUUAUGUUAA